CCUGUUUCGCGAAAAGCCUCUUGGCCCAAGAUCGGAAUGUAAACGUGGGGCUUGGGGGUGGGUUUUUUUCUGGGUCCUACAGAAGAGGAACGGACGAAUGGACAGGUAGUUGGACCUUUCUCUCUUCCCCGCUCCCUUUUCAUACCUCGAUCUUUCCAGGAAAGUGCCGGUUUACGGCAGUGGGACCUGUGUGUGUGUUUAGUGCUUCUUGGAGCUCCUCGCGGAAACUCGCCACAGGAGCUGUUACUUGAAUUCGAUUCUUGGAGGGCCCUUGGACUGUGGAGUGAAGCUUCUGCUGCCUCGGUAGUGCGGACCCUUAUGAUUCAUUUAUUCCUGGAGUUGUCUUAUCAUGGCUGAAAAUGACAGAGACAGAACCCAGACUGACAAACUCCUAAAAAGAGUACAAGAACUAGAGCAGGAGAUAGAAAGACUUAAAAAAGAACAGGCCAACACAAAGAUCUCAAAUGCUAGAGAAAAUUCUUCAGGAGCUAGAAAAGCUAAGCGUGCAUUUGACUUCAGUGCUCAUGGUCAAAGACAUGUAGCCCUAAAGGUAGCCUAUCUGGGCUGGGGAUACCAGGGCUUUGCCAGUCAGGAAAACACAAACAACACUAUUGAGGAGAAACUGUUUGAGGCUCUAACGAAGACUCGACUAGUAGAAAGCAGACAGACAUCCAAGUAUCACCGGUGUGGGCGGACAGACAAAGGAGUUAGUGCCUUUGGACAGGUGAUUUCUCUUGACCUUCGUUCUCACUUUCCGAAGGGCAGGGAUUCAGAGGAUUUUAAUUUGAAAGAUGAAGUCAACGAUGAUGCCAAAGAGAUCCGUUAUACUCACAUUCUCAAUCGGGUGCUCCCUCCAGACAUCCGGGUAUUGGCCUGGGCCCCUGUAGAGCCCAGCUUCAGUGCUAGGUUCAGUUGUCUUGAGCGGACUUACCGCUACUUUUUCCCUCGUGCUGAUUUAGACAUUGUAACCAUGAACUGUGCAGCUCAGAAGUAUGUCGGCACACAUGAUUUUAGGAACUUAUGUAAAAUGGAUGUAGCCAAUGGCGUGAUUAAUUUUCAGAGGACUAUUCUGUCUGCUCAAGUACAGCUAGUGGGCCAGAGUCUGGCCGAGGACAGAUGGCAAGAACCUUUUCAGUUAUGUCAGUUUGAAGUGACUGGCCAGGCGUUCCUUUAUCAUCAAGUCCGCUGUAUGAUGGCUAUCCUUUUUCUGAUUGGCCAAGGAAUGGAGAAGCCAGAGAUUAUCGAUGAGCUGCUAAACAUAGAGAAAAAUCCCCAGAAACCUCAAUACAGUAUGGCUGUAGAAUUUCCUCUAGUCUUGUAUGACUGUAAGUUUGAAAAUAUCAAGUGGCUCUAUGACCAGGAGGUUCAGGAGUUCAAUAUAACCUACCUACAACAGCAGUGGGCUAAUCAAGCUGUUAAGACUCACGUGUUGUACAGUAUGCUGCAAGGACUCGAGUCUGUUGCUGUGCCCCGUGGGACAGGAACAGAGACGGAUGAAGUAAUAGAAUGGAGAAAUGUUAAGCCCUCUGUCAUAAAGCAGACCAGUGCCUUUGUAGAAGGAGUGAAAAUGCGCACAUAUAAGCCCCUAAUGGAUCGUCCUAAAUGCCAAGGACUGGAAUCCCGGAUCCAGCACUGCGUACGUAGGGGACGCAUUGAAUACCCACGUUUAUUCAAUGAGACAGAAACAAAAGCCAAAAGGGAGUGUAAUGACACACUAGAAGAAGAAAAUACUAUUUCAGAGAAACCAACAAAGAGAGUCUGUGUUGAUACAGAAAUUAAAAGCAUCCUUUAACCACAGAAAACUCUCCAGGACCUAGGAGGCAACAACUAGCUAAUGGUAGGUGGGUAAAAAGGAAAUACAAUAUUUACUGCAAUAAGUCCUAGAAUUCUGAUGAUCAGCUCUUAAAAGGAAACCAAAAAGACCUUCCGCUCUAUUUAAGGAUGUUCAAGCUUCAACUGGAAAUCAAACAUUCAUUCCUGUCCAAAAGGAUUAAGAGAUGGAAGAAGCAAAAAGAGAUGGAAAAUAAAGAUGUAUUUACAUACACCUGGAAACCUGUGCCUCAUGUUCAAAUUUAUUAAACCUGAUCCUGCAAGUGUG